CUUGCGUCUGAUAUGUUUCACUACUACUACUACUACUACUACUACUACUACUACUAUUACUACUACUACUACGACUACGACUACGACUACUACUACUAGCACCACCAUCACCACCACUUUCGAUACUGUACAAAUUUAG